AUUUCCGAAUAUCACUUUUCCCUUUCAAAGUUAUCUUUUGUUUAAUAUUGUACAUAUUUAUCUCGUCAAAGCUAAAAUGUCUAAUGAUCCAAUGUUUGGUUGGGACCUAACUUUCAGGACUGUUGAGAAAGACAUAAAACGAAAGUCUGAUGUUCUCGUUGCAUUUAUUCAUUGGAACUUAAUGAAGAGAGGUUUCCGGAGCAUCGGUGUUGGAGACGAGCGUACACUAUCAGGAGAUGAAACAAGGAGUGAAUUGCUGCCAACAGGCUGGAACGACAAUGAAAACUAUACACUACGUUAUGUGCUGGAUAACAAGUUGUUUAUUCUACAUGGACUUAGCACAAAUGGGAACCUUAUCAUCAAUCUCAUGAAGUCUGAGGACCUGGCAGUUUCCAACAUAGCUCUGAAAGUCGAAGAGGCAGUCAAAGAUCUGAGUGGACCUAUUGAGAAUAUGAUACCUACCCACAAAGACAUUAUGUUCAGUAUUAAACGAGACUUGGUAGACAGUGUUACUGAGCGCGCAGUCAACACAUCUGAAACGCAAACUUCGAGACCAACAAGUUCAUCACUUGCAGAUGAUCCACUCCGAGUGCCAGCUAGACCUUUGCCUAGCGUAAACCCUGACACUUCAGACCUAUGGGAACUACCACCAGCACAUUUACCAAGUAUCGGCAGGUCAGACUUGGAUCCUUUCGCGCCUCCUGGAGGCGGUAUGAUCUUCAACCCCUUCGGACCACGCAGAGACAUCGAAAACCCAGGCCUUGGUAUUCCUGGCGGAUUACCCAGAGGUGCAGUUCCUCCUGGAGCCCGCUUCGACCCAUUUGCCCCUCCUGCAGGCCCUCCAGUUGGAAGAAGACCUGGGGCUCCAGAUGCAGAUCACUUACCACCACCUGGUUUCAAUGACAAUAUGUUCAUGUAGAUUAUUUAUUACGACCGCGACGUAUACAUAUAGGGUGGGUGUCUAUUAUAACUGCGUAGACAACAAAAUAUGGUUCACGAAAAUAGGUAAAGGCUAAAACAGAAUGUCUUCACCAUGGUGUGUGUACAUUCAUUGUCGAUGGUCAUAUAUUUUGAUUCAUUUUAUAAGACAUUAAGGCUAGAAUUCCAAUGUUUGCAUAGGUUUGUCACCUUAUGUAAAACAAUUGUGUAUUAAUCUCAAGCUAUCAUGUUUAUUAUUGUUUUCCACAAAGGCGA